AGCAGAUAUCAAGAAGACCAAGUUGUUGCAGCAGAGCAUCUUAGGGACAUCUUUGCCCUCAGAUGGAUGGUGGAGGAAUCACUUUGAUCUUUUUUGUGGCUUCAUUUGGUUUCAAAAUUCAUAGAUGGAGGAACCAAAAUCACUUGGUCCUGAAGGAAGAAAAGGCCACAAUGACCUCAGUGCUGAGAGCAGAGGGGGGAUCUGGGAGAGGAUAAUCCAGGGGCCCAUGAGAGAGGAGCUUGCCAGCCCAGAGACACAAUGCCAGUGCUUCAGACAGCUCUCCUACAAAGAGGGAAAGGGACCACGAGAGGUUUGCAGCCGACUCCACCAUCUCUGCUGUCAGUGGCUGAAGCCAGAGCGACACACGAAAAAUGAGAUCCUGGACCUGGUGAUCUUGGAGCAGUUCCUGAGCAUCUUGCCCCCAGAGAUGGGGAACUGGGUCAGGGAAUGUGGGGCAGAGACCUGCUCCCAGGCGGUGGCCCUGGCAGAGGGUUUCCUCCUGAGUCGGGCAGAGGCAGAGAAGAAGGAGAAAGAGCAGCAGGUGAGAGCAUUUCUUCCUGGGGCCAAGGCCAAAAACCUCUUGUCAGAAGUUUACUUUGAAUUCCCUGUGGCAGAGAAGGCGCCAUUCGAUCCCAGGCAGAGUCCCCAAUGGAGGGCAAUGAAGGAGGAGUGUGAUGGAGAAGGCCCCCUGAAAGGUAUCUCAACAGUCUCUUCACCGCUGUCCACUCUUCCACUUUUGACUGCUGAUUUUCCUGCUCAAGACACCUACAGCAAAGGAAAUGUCUGGCCUGGUGUUAUUGGCAACAAAAAGCAAACUGCCUAUCACAGAUCUAUAUAAAUCUGGACAUUCAAAGUCUUUGUCUGACUCACCACUGGCAUAGCCAGGAGUCAUGGGGCUUUUUUCCACUUUGGCACUUUCCAAGCCACAUUUCUUCACCAGCCUCUCAAUUUUUUUGGUCUGGCUCAACAAGAUUGGUUUGCCAUAGGGCGGUAUAUAAAUAAAUAUUAUUAUUAUUAUUAAGA